UUGUGAUACAGUUUAAGCCAUGUUGCUCUGUUCUACCUCAUGUGUUGUUGGAACAUUGUGAUACAGUUUAAGCCAUGUUGCUCUGUUCAACCUCAUGUGCUGUUGGAACAUUGUGAUACAGUUUAAGUCAUGUUCUAGCCAUGAGAAACUAAACAACGUGUACUUGUUUCUCCCGUCAUUUUGCAGUGGCGGUCUUGUUUGGUGAGCCCAGGAUCUUUGGAGGUAAGACUGGUUGUGAUUCACAUGACGGUUAACUCUCUAAAAGCUUGUAAUGCACUUACGUACAGUAUGAACUCCUAAACGCUGAGUCACAGUAAAAGGGGUCUGGUUUCAUGUGUGUUUAUCGACCAUUCACAGUUAUAUUGGUAUUAAUGUUGCUGUAACGUUGUUGUAACAUUACUGUGAUGUUGUGCCCUGUUAGAUGACGCUACAGGCUACGGUCCAAUAUUUGAAGAGGAGCCUCUGGAUAUUGUCUACACAAAGGAGUCACCUGACAGACGCAUCUCCAUGAACUGUAGAGCACGGGCCAACCCUGCACCUACGUACAGGUAACACACACACACACACCUACGCACACACACACGCACGCACGCACGUACACACGCACGCACACACACACACACACACACACAGACACACACACACACACACACACACACACCACACAUACACACACACACACUCAUGCAUGCCUGAACACACACACACACACCCGCAUGCACGCACACACACACACAAACCCGUACCAUACAUUCAGGUAACAUGCGUUACUUAGAUCACAUAUCUUUGGCGUCCUGGAAAACCAAAGAGGUAACUUUUCAGGAAUUGAAAAAAUGAUUGAUGGUUAUUUAAAGAUCUACUGCCAUGUAGUCACAGACAUUCACAAGGUGUUCUGAAUGACUUUGAUUGGUUCUAGAGUCAUACAACGUUCAGAGUACAUGAAGAGGAAUGACUAAUUCCAAUUUAUUCAAAAAACAGCAAUUUAUCGGUAAAAAUUGAGAUACACAUUUCCCGCCAGAUGGAGGCGUGACAACUGGGAGAUCAAGCUGAUGGAGCUGCCUAAUGAACACUACAGUCUGGUGGGAGGGAACCUCAUCAUAAACAACCCUGAAGAGAAGAAACAUGCAGGGACCUAUGUCUGUGUCGCCAAGAACAUCUACGGCACUGUCAUCAGCAAGGAGGCCAAGGUCAAGUUUGGAUGUGAGUAUUGUCGCGAGCCAUAACCGAAUAUCAUGUUGAGAGAGACUAGUACUGGAUGUGAGUGAAACUGGUUGACUCUGGUCAACAGGUGUUAGUUCGAUUUCUCUCUCACAGUAGAUUUACUUAUUCAGAUCCCAAUGGUUCUGAAAUGGAAUUGACUAACAAACACAAGUAUCACCAAGAAUGAGCCGUGUCGUGUGUCUAGUCCCUAAGUCAUUGCUUCUGUCUGUGGUUUACAGCUGUGUUGUCUGUGGACACCUGGGAUCAUAACUAUAUGCUAGAGUUACACUGACCAAUGCGUUGUGUUUUCUCUAUCUCCAGACCUGGAGGAGUUCCCAGAUGAAGAGCGGGACCCUGUGACCGUGAAGGAGGGCCAGGGGGCCGUGCUGCUCUGUGCUCCUCCCAAGCGAUGGCCAAGUUAGUACCUCGACAUACUGGAAUACACAUGAUCACUCAAACUAACACACACUUAUCUUUUCUUACAACCACUGACUUUGCUGAUAUUACUUUAUUGAAGAAAAAUGUGUUUACUAUGACUGUGUUAUGUGGUUGACUCACUUAGUUAUCUUAAAGACCCAGUGCAUUCAAAAACGUGAUUUUCCUGUGUUUUAUACAUAUUUCCACACUAUGAGGUUGGAAUAAUACUGUGAAAUGUUCUGCCAAUAACAGCACAUUUUCAGUUUUCGCCUCCUCACUCAGACCACUCCCAGACAGUCCUAGAAAAAGUAUUGCUUGAGAAAUUGCUCUUUGCUAAAAAGCAAUUUCUGUUUCUUUUUUAAAAACCAUUUUAAAUGAAAACAAUCACUGUAAUGUACUUAAUUGUUUACCAGAAAUGAUUUGAUAUUGAGAUAAAAAUGGCUGCAUUGGACCUUUAAGAUCAAUGCACUAUCUUCAAGUGGCUCUGGUUAAGAGCGUCUGCUGAAAUGUAAACGUAAACCAGGGGUGUCAAACGUCCGGCCCGCGGGCCGGAUCAGGCCCGCAAACGGGUUUAAUCCGGCCCGCGAGAUGAUUUUGAAAUAAAUAAAUAAAUAAAAUAAUAAUAAUAAUUUUGUAAAGUAUAAAAAUGCGCUGCAAUUUUUCAAUAAAAUAAACUGCUGUUCCAAUUGCGUCCACUGGAUGGUGCAAUAGCAAUUGUGUUAAGCAAGCAAACUGUUUAUACCGGAGCAGAGCAAGUAGGUCAAGCACGUGCAGCCAAUGAGCUACUUUGUUUUGCCCGCGAUAUUUAUUACGGCUUCUACUUUUAACAUUAUGUGCUUUGGCACCCUCAUUGCCCCAAUAUGUCUCUGUCAAAAAAGAGAAAAGUGGACGCAGAGUGCAGAGUGUUCCAAGAAAAGUGGUCAUCCUAUUUAUUCACGGAAUUGAAUGGGAAAGCUGUAUGUUUGGUGUGUUCAGAGCAUGUUGCAAUGCUGAAAGAAUAUAACCUUCGUCGCCACUAUGUGAGUCUUCAUGCCGACAAAUAUGACAACUUUCAAGGACAGCGGAGAUGAGAGAAGGUGAAUGAACUGUUGGCGGGUCUGAAGAAACAGCAGUCUGUGUUUACUCACAGCCGAGGCAUCAGUGACGCUGCAGUGAAAGCUAGCUACCUUAUUGCUAAUGAAAUCGCAGUGGCUUCAAAACCAUUUAGUGAGGGUGAAUUUGUAAAAACAUGCAUGAUGAAGGCAGCGGAGAUUGUGUGACCUGAAAAGCGGCAGGCUUUUGCAAAUAUCAGCCUGACAAGAAACACAGUUGCAGACAGGAUUUCCGAUCUUUCAGUGGAUUUGGACAGCCAGUUGAAGCAAAAAGUAAAGUCAUUUAUUGCGUUUUCGGUUGCAAUUGAUGAAAGCACGGACAUUACAGAUGUUGCACAACUGGCCAUUUUCAUCCGCGGAGUUGAUGACACAUUGACCGUCACCGAGGAGUUCGUGGAGUUGGUGCCGAUGACAGAUACAACGACAGCAGCUGAUAUUUUUACCGCACUCGUCGGCGCGCUGGACAGGGUCGGAGUGGACUGGUCCCGCGCUGUCAGCCUGGCUACAGUUGGUGCGCCCUCAAUGAUCGGGAAAAAAGCAGGCGUUGUGACAAAGUUCAGAGAGAAAGUGCAAUCUGCAAAUGGAGGAUGUGAUUUUUUGACUUUUCACUGUAUUUUGCACCAGGAGGCUUUGUGUUGCAAGUCAUUAAAGAUGGAUAACGUCAUGAAGGUGGUCAUCCAAACUGUUAAUUUCAUCCGAUCCAGAAGCCUGAAUCACCGUCAGUUUGACAGCCUUCUCAGAGAGAAAGACCACAUCUAUGGCCUGCCAUACCACACUGAGGUAAGAUGGUUAAGCCGAGGUGCUGUGCUGAGGCGUUUCUUUGAUUUACGAGAAGAAAUUGAACAGUUCAUGGAAGAAAAGGGCAAACCAGUGUUAGAAUUUCAUUCCGCAGAAUGGAUGCAGGACCUUGCAUUUAUGGUGGAUGUUACAGAGCACCUGAAUAACUUGAACAAACAGCUGCAAGGGCGCAACAAAGUUGUCACGCAGUAUUAUGACAGCAUACGUUCUUUCAAGUUGAAGCUGUCAUUGUGGGAGAUGCAACUUGCCGGUGGUGAUGCAGCUCACUUCCCCUGUCUGAAAAAUGUGUGCGCGACCCAACAUGUGGCAGACAUGAAGCGGUUCAAAUAUAAAAUAACGGGACUGUUACGGGAGUUUGAGCAACGCUUUCAGAUUUAUGUUUAUAUAGUUUUAUGUUGAUGUGCUAUUGUUUUUAAUAGAUUUUAUUUUAUUUGUAUAUUUAACCUAUUCUUGACUCUGUGGUUCUUGCACUUGUUUGGGGAACAGGAUUUCAUUAUUUUUAUCUACAUUUCUGCCUGAGAAAUGACACCCUGAUAUAGUUCUGUGAUCUGUGAUAUACUUCUGUGAAUCACUGAGGCAUUGUGUGUUUGUGUGUUCUUUGUCCUCAGAACUUUCAAAUAACUUGAGGUGUUUUAUGAUUAAUAGUGAUGUUGUGCUUUUGGACACUGUCCUCAGGCUCCAGCUUUAUGUUUAUAUGUUUUUAUGUUGAUGUGCUAUUGUUUUUAAUUGUUUUUAUUUUAUUUGUAUAUGUAACCUAUUCUUGACUCUGUGGUUCUUGCACUUGUUUGGGGAACAGGAUUUCAUUAUUUUUAUCUACAUUUCUGCCUGAGAAAUGACACCCUGAUAUAGUUCUGUGAUCUGUGAAACAGUUCUGUUAAUCACUGAGGCAUUGUGUGUUUGUGUGUUCUUUUUCAUUAGAAUUUUCAAAUAAACUUGACGUGUUUUAUGAUUAAUAGUGAUGUUGUGCUUGUACUAUUUUGGACACACUGUCCUCAGGCUCCAACUUUAUGUUGUAUGUUGAUCGUAUUAGAACAAAGAAAACAAUCUGAAGUUGUUGUUUUUAAGUUAUAUAUACCAUGAUUUUUCCGGUCCGGCCCACUUGGGAAUAGAAUUUCCUCCAUGUGGCCCCUGAGCUAAAAUGAGUUUGACACCCCUGACGUAAACAUUCUGACUUCUAAUGUAUUCAGUGCUGAAUCAUAGAACUUCAUGAAGAAAGAGCUGGACAGAACACCGUUGUUCACAGUACCUCAGAGUUCCACAGUACACAAAAUGAACCCCCAUAGAGACUCAGAGGUGAUUCAGGUGAAACUGACCACCACAUUCUUACUAUUUCAUUUUUUGUUCUUCCCCUGUAUCCCAGCUGAGGUGACGUUCCGUUGGAUAUACAACGAGUUUCCGGUUUUCCUCCACCCGGAUAAGCGUCGCUUCGUCUCUCAGAGCACCGGGAAUCUGUACAUCUCCAAGGUGGAGGCGUCAGACGCAGGGAACUACUCCUGCUAUGUGUUUAACCCACAGAUCGGCAAGGGAGUCUACUCCAAGUUCAUCACUCUUAUUUCUACAGAAGAGAGUGAGUAGCCUAUGUCUGUGUUACCUAUAUAGUUCACUACUUUAUGUCUGUGUUACCUAGAUAGUUCACUACUUUAUGUCUGUGUUACCUAGAUAGUUCACAACUUUAUGUCUGUGUUACCUAGAUAGUUCACAACUUUAUAUCUGUGUUACCUAGAUAGUUCACAACUUUAUGUCUGUGUUACCUAGAUAGUUCACUACUUUAUGUCUGUGUUACCUAGAUAGUUCACUACUUUGUGUCUGUGUUACCUAGAUAGUUCACAACUUUAUGUCUGUGUUACCUAGAUAGUUCACAACUUUAUGUCUGUGUUACCUAGAUAGUUCACUACUUUAUGUCUGUGUUACCUAGAUAGUUCACAACUUUAUGUCUGUGUUACCUAGAUAGUUCACUACUUUAUGUCUGUGUUACCUAGAUAGUUCACUACUUUAUGUCUGUGUUACCUAGAUAGUGCACUACUUUUGACCAUUGUCUUUGCUUUGUCUGCAACUCCGGGUAGUUACGCCUAGGCUCAGAUCUAGGAUCAGCUUAUACCCUCCCCAAAACCUAAGAUGUUUCAUUAGAUGGAAAGACACAAAACUGACCUUAGAUCAAUGUCUAGGUAGAAGUUGACCCUAGUCACAGAUCUAUGAUCAUCUUACACUGCGAAAUCUAACCCUAAACAUUAGGCUGGAAAAACACAAAAAACUGACCAGAGAUCAAUAUCUUUUGGGCAACUCUAUAGUGUUGACCUAUGACCUAUGACCCUUUCAUCCCCACAGCCCCAGAGAAGAGGUACAAGGCCGACCUCGUAGUGAAGUUCCCUGACACCACAGCUAUGCUCAACUACAACGUCACACUGGAGUGCUUCGCUCUGGGAAAGUGAGUCAGAAUAUGGAAAUGACAGAUAUUUAGUUACUGAUGAAACAAACACCAAGACUUUGGGGACUUUUGAUCAGUCGUCACACUGUAAUAGAGAAGAUGGCAUCCACUUGCUUAUACAUCUUUUGUGAAACAGUUAUGUAUGCCUUUAUUUAUUUAUUAAGCCUUCAUAAGACACAUGGCCUGUCCCAAAUGGUUCCCUUUUCCCUAUAUAGUGCACUACUCUUGACCAGAGCCCUAGAAUCGGCUUCCUAUUUCGCAACAAAGCCUCCUUCACUCAUGCUGCCAAACAUGCCCUCGUAAAACUGACUAUCCUACCGAUCCUUGACUUCGGCGAUGUCAUUUACAAAAUAGCCUCCAACACUCUACUCAGCAAAUUGGAUGUAGUCUAUCACAGUGCCAUCCGUUUUGUCACCAAAGCCCCAUAUACUACCCACCACUGUGACCUGUACGCUCUUGUUGGCUAGUCCUCACUACAUAUUCGUCGCCAAACCCACUGGCUCCAGGCCAUCUAUAAAUCACUGCUAGGCAAAUCCCUGCCUUAUCUUAGCUCAUUGGUCACCAUAGCAACACCCACCCGUAGUAUGUGCUCCAGCAGUUAUAUCUCACUGGUCAUCCCCAAAGCCAACACCUCCUUUGGCCCCCAUUCCUUCCAGUUCUCUGCUGCCAAUGACUGGAAUGAACUGCAAAAAUCUCUGAAGCUGGAGACUCUUAUCUCCCUCACUAACUUUAAGCAUCAGUUGUCAGAGCAGCUUACCGAUCACUGCACCUGUACAAAACCCAUCUGAAAUUAGCCCACCCAACUACCUAAUUCCCAUAUUGUUAUUUAUUUUGCUAAUUUGCACCCCAGUAUCUCUAUUUGCACAUCAUCUCUUGCACAUCUAUCAUUCCAGUGUUAAUACUAAUUGUAAUUAUUUUGCACUAUGGCCUAUUUAUUGCCUUACCUCCAUAACUUGCUACAUUUGCACACACUGUAUAUAUAUUUAUUUCUGUUGUAUUUUUGACUUUGUUUUGUUUUACCCCAUAUGUAACUCUGUGUUGUUGUUUUUAUCGCACUGCUUUGCUUUAUCUUGGCCAGGUCGCAGUUGUAAAUGAGAACUUGUUCUCAACUGGCUUACCUGGUUAAAUAAAGGGGAAAUCAAAAUAAAUAAAUAAACAUAGUGGACUAAAUAGGGCAUAGGGUGCCAUUUGGGACAUGACCAUGCUCAGUUUGUUCCUUCGUCUCUUGUUCUCUUUGCGUCCAGUCCGGCCCCUCAUAUCGUCUGGAGGAAGAUAGGUGCUACCGACCUGCCUGCUAGCGCUGAGGUCAGCAUGUCUGGAGCGCUGCUCCACCUCUACAACGUCCAGUAUGAAGAUGCAGCAGGGUACGAGUGUGAGGCCAUCAACCAGAAAUGGCAGGACUGGCAUCAGGCGUGGCUCUACGUAGAGGGUAAGAUGCCAAACUCCAUCUCUACAGUAUUACAAGGACAUAUCUGAUAUACAGUAUAUAGCAGUUGCUUAUAACACUUUACAUUAUAAUGUUAGUACCACUAACACUAAGAUAUGAUUUACUGUAAACCAAAACAUAUACAUGGUUUCAUUGUAGUGUGUAUGUGUUUCAACAUUGAUAUUAUGUUUUGAUUGACAGCUGCUCCUGAGUGGGCUGUGACCAUCAACAACACCCAGAAGGACAUAGGGUCAGAACACACCAUGUCCUGUGUAGCUAACGGGAAGCCUGACCCGUACAUCCGAUGGCUCAAGGAUGGAUACUCGGUAAAGAUGCCUGUCCUCCCCAUGCUGGCUGUUAUUCUUUAAAGGGCUACUUCACCAUCAAAAUCAAAGUUGGACAGAUGAACACAAAACUCUUAAAGGGAUACUUUGGGAUUUUGGCAAGGAUGCCCUUUAUCUACUUCCCCAGAGUCAGAUCAACUUGUGGAUACCAUCUGUAUGUGUCUGUGUCCAGUAUGAAGGAAGUUAGAGGUAGUUUGACGAGCCAAUGCUAACUAGCGUUAGCACAAUGACUGGAAGUCUAUGGGUCUCUGCUGGCAUGCUUUUGUGGUAGGUGUUUUAAUCAACACCUACCACAAUUAAUGUACAUCUGUUGUGUAGAUCCAUUCUAUAAGAAUAGUGAAAUAAGCAGGCCUUGAUCUCAAUUCAACAGGAAAGAUUGGCACCAUCUUAUCUUGUACAAAUUCUUUCCCAGUAUGGUAAAGGUGAGCUGAAGUUCUCCAGUCUGACGUUUGAUGACUCUGGGAUGUACCAGUGUAUCGCUGAGAACUACUGGGGUAUCAUCUACGCCAGCGCUGAGCUACGUGUCAUUGGUGAGUGUAUAACACAAACUACGUGUGAUUGGUUAGUCUGUAACAAAAACUAUGUGUGAUUGGUUAGUCUAUAUCCCAAACUAUGUGUGAUUGGUUAGUCUAUAACCCAAACUAUGUGUGAUUGGUUAGUCUAUAACCCAAACUACCUGUGAUUGGUUAGUCUAUAUCCCAAACUAGCUGUGAUUGGUUAGUCUAUAUCCCAAACUACGUGUGAUUGGUUAGUUUAUAACCCAAACUACGUGUGAUUGGUUAGUCUAUAUCCCAAACUAUGUGUGAUUGGUAGUCUAUAACCCAAACUACGAGUGAUUGGUUAGUCUAUAUCCCAAACUACGUGUGAUUGGUUAGUCUAUAUCCCAAACUACGUGUGAUUGGUUAGUCUAUAUCCCAAACUACGUGUGAUUGGUUAGUCUAUAGCACAAAUUACGUGUGAUUGGUUAGUCUAUAUCCCAAACUACGUGUGAUUGGUUAGUCUAUAACACAAACUAUGUGUGAUUGGUUAGUUUAUAACACAAAUUACGUGUGAUUCGUUAGUCUAUAUCCCAAACUAUGUGUGAUUGGUUAGUCUAUAACACAAAUUACGUGUGAUUGGUUAGUCUAUAACACAAACUACGUGUGAUUGGUUAGUCUAUAACACAAACUACAUGUGAUUGGCUAGUCUAUAACACAAAUUACGUGUGAUUGGUUAGUCUAUAACACAAACUAUGUGUGAUUGGUUAGUCUAUAACACAAAUUACGUGUGAUUGGUUAGUCUAUAACACAAACUAUGUGUGAUUGGUUAGUCUAUAACACAAACUAUGUGUGAUUGGUUAGUCUAUAACACAAACUACGUGUGAUUGGUUAGUCUAUAACACAAACUAUGUGUGAUUGGUUAGUCUAUAACACAAACUAUAUGUGAUUGGUUAGUCUAUAACCCAAACUACGUAUGAUUGGUUAGUCUAUAACCCAAACUAUGUGUGAUUGGUUAGUCUAUAACACAAACUAUGUGUGAUUGGUGAGUCUAUAACACAAACUACAUGUGAUUGGUGAGUCUAUAACACAAACUACGUGUGAUUGGUUAGUCUAUAACACAAACUACAUGUCAUUGGUUAGUCUAUAACACAAACUAUGUGUGAUUGGUUAGUCUAUAACACAAACUACAUGUGAUUGGCUAGUCUAUAACACAAACUACGUGUGAUUGGUUAGUCUAUAACACAAACUAUGUGUGAUUGGUGAGUCUAUAACACAAACUACAUGUGAUUGGUGAGUCUAUAACACAAACUACAUGUGAUUGGUUAGUCUAUAACAAAAACUACGUGUGACUGGUGAGUCUAUAACCCAAACUACGAGCCAUUGGUGAGUCUGUGCCCGGCACCUCAUUGGUUCAUCUUUGAAAACAAAUAUGUAAUAUUAACAAGCACAUAACCACUGUGUUUCUAGUGUUGAUUCUGGGAAUAUAAAAAACAACAUAGUCAUCAUUUAUACACACUACAAAGUCCUCAUUGAUAAAUAAUUACAUCCAACCACUUCCAAAUAUAGACAGUCUAAAUUCUACCCUUCCCCAUCCCAGCUUGUGCCCCAACGUUUGAGUUCAACCCAGUGAAGAAGUAUCUUCUAGGAGCUAACAACGGCCGUGUGGUCAUAGAGUGUAAACCCAGAGCUGCCCCCAGACCCAGGUUCACCUGGACCAAGGGAAAAGAAGUGCUCUUCAACAACUCACGGUAAAUAAGGACGUCUUUGUGGGGGAAAAUAAUGUUACGAAUACAAAUGUUUGAUUGGUUGAUUGGUUGGUUGAUUGGUUGAUCAAUUGGCUGAUUGGUUUAUUGGUUGGUUGAUUGGUUGAUUGGUUGAUUGGUUGAUUGGUUGAUUGGUUGAUUGGUUGAUUGGUUGAUUGGUUGAUUGGUUGAUUGGUUGGUUGAUUGGUUGGUUGAUUGAUUGACAUCUGAGUUUGUUAUUCAUCCCAGCAACUGUAGGAGAAUCUUGUCAAACCUUUGAAAGAAAUCCAAAGUGCUGUAUGGUUGUGAAUGUUUCCGUCCCUCCAUAGGAUCUCCAUAAUGUUUGAUGGGAGUCUGGAGAUCCUGAACGCCACCAGGAAUGACCAGGGGGUUUACACCUGCUUAGCUGAGAACGACAGGGGGAAGGCCAACAGCACAGGGACUCUCACCAUCACAGGUAUUACGCUCCAUCCAGCUUUACACAGUUGUCUAAAAUCUGCCCUAUUAUGAAUCUACCUUGAAUGUUCAUGUGUAGUUACUGGGUAUGUUGGUCACAGUGAACCAUCUGUAUGUCUCAUUCGUUGAUCCCAUUCUGAUUCUGUAUUGACAUGAGUACUGUUCUUUAAAGCUGGGUCUGUGUACAGCCAGCAUAACGUUGCACAGUGUUGGUAAACAGUCUUCUCUACGUGUGUGUGUCUGACACAGAGGCGACCCAGAUCACAGUGGCCCCAGAGGACACCCAGGUGAUGGUAGGGGAGGAGGUGCGUCUGCAGUGCCAGGCCUCCUAUGACCCCAGUCUGGACAUCACCUUCAUCUGGUCUCUGGACUUCAGGGUCAUCGACCUCUACCUAGAGAGGAAGCACUACGAACGCAUCAUGGUAGGGAGGGAUAGCACAACCCAGCAGGGUUGUGGUCAAUUCCAUUUCAAUUCAGUCAAUUCAGGAAGUAUAAUGAAAUUCCAAUUCCAAUUCCCUUCAAUGCUUUUGGUUUACUUUCUGAAUUGACUGUAUUCUAAAUAGAAUUGACCACAACCCUGGAACCCAGAAUUAAAUCUUGCGUGCUAACUUUUAUGUUAACAAUCUGUCAUGAGAAACAUGGAGUGAUGGAUGAGGCGUCAAUGUCCCACCUUACAAGGCCGAAUCAUUUUGUGGAAUCAUAUGCACACUGUGGGCUGAAUGCAUCUCAAUAUCCAGACUCAAAGUCUGACUCUGGCAUAGCCUUUUACAAGCUCUUCUGGAAGUCUGGUAAAAUCCAGACGAGCUGAACGCUAUAUAUUACUUAAGCAAUGAGCAUGCAUUGAUAUUGAUGCCAAUAAGAUACCAGAUACCUGUUUCUCAGGUGAUUUGCCACUGUGUGAAGUGUCUAACCCUGUCUCUCUGUCUGUCUAUCUCCUGUCCGUCCAGGAUCGUGAGGACAGUGGAGAGCUGAAGAUAAUGAAUGUCCAGUUAAGACACGAGGGACGCUACACAUGUACAGCCCAGACUGUUGUGGACAACGUUACCGCGUCAGCUGACCUCAAGGUCAAAGGUCGUCCUGGUCCUCCCGGUGGGGUGAGGGUUGAGGAGAUCAGGGACACCUCGGUGAAGUUGGUGUGGAACCGAGGGGCCAACCACGGCAGCCCCAUCCUCGGGUACACCAUCCAGACCAGAGACUUCUACGCACUAACUGAAGUGGACUGGAGGGACGCCUCCACCUGUAAGUACAGGAGUCUACCACCAGAGGGAGUCAUUACUCUAACGCUGACAGCAAAAACAUGAAUACAGUUGCCUUUAAUGCUGAACAUACUACUACCCCUGCUCUCUCUCCCCCUCUCUCUCUAUCCCCUCCCUCCCUCCGCAUCUAGAUCAGCUUAUCUAUGAUCUCUCUCGAGAAUCUCGCUCUAAAUCAUCACAAAGCUCACUCACUCACUCACGCACUCACUCACCAUACGCUCCUCCUCUCUCUCUCUCAGCCUUUCGCUCCUCUACUCCUCUCUCUCUCUCUCUCAUCUCUCAUCUCCCUCUACUCGACUCUCACUCCCCUAUAUGCUCGUAUCUCUCUCUCUCUCUCUCUCUCUCUCCUCUCCUCCCUAUCCCUCUCUCUCUCCUCUUCUCUCUCUCUCUCUCUCUCUCCCUCUCUCUCUUUCUCAGCCCCUACGGCCCUGGAUGGCAUGUCAGUGAUGGCUGAUGUUAUGGACCUGUACCCCUGGAUGGAGUAUGAGUUCAGGGUCUAUGCUACUAACGAGUUUGGAGACGGGGAGGCCAGCAUCCCUUCCAUGAAGAUCAAAACCUGGGACGCAGGUAGGGACCUGCCUGGGCCACUAACAUGUUGUUGUUGCAAUAGAAAUGUGUGCGUUUGUGUAUGAGUGUCUAAUAACAUCUGUUGGAAACACACUGUCUCUCAGUGCCUGUGGUGGCCCCGACCAACGUUGGAGGCUACGGGGGUAAAGAUGGAGAGUUGAUCAUCACAUGGACAGUAGGUGUCUGAGUUUCUCUCUUCCCCCUGUGGAUGACACAUUUCAACCAACCCUUCUAACCAUGUUCUGAUCCAGUGUUCUUCAGUCCUGGUUGUGUAGCAUUAUACGGUCUGCAGGCUUUUGCUCCUACCUCUAUUUUGCCAUAAUGGUUCAUACAAAAUCUACGGUAUCGACUUAAAGUUACUAAUGUUGUUUUUCUUGAACAGCUUUUAAUAAAAAUUUGGUCAGUUUGAUAUGUUGUGGGUCUUCAUGAUUAGGUAAAUAACAAGGAUCUGAUCUUCCUCUGUCAUCUUCCAGCCCGUGCAGCCGCAAUACUUCUACGGCAAGAAGUUUGGCUACGUUGUGGCCUUCAAGCCUCAUGAUGAUUAUGACUGGUGGUAUGAGACCAUAUCAGACCCAGAGACACGACGCUACGUCCAUCGUGACUCCUCUUUCGGGGUCAAGUCGGACGACUUCCAGGUCAGGGAGUUCCAGGUGAAGGUGAAGACGUUUAACUCCAAAGGAGAUGGACCCUACAGCCUGACAACCACUGUCUACUACCCACGAAAUGGUGAGGGUAAUACUAACCCUAACCCCUAACCCCACGAGAUGGUGAGGAUCAGACUAACCCUAACCCCUAACCCUAACCCCACGAGAUGGUGAGGAUCAGACUAACCCUAACCCCUAACCCUAACCCCACGAGAUGGUGAGGAUCAGACUAACCCUAACCCCUAACCCUAACCCCACGAGAUGGUGAGGAUCAGACUAACCCUAACCCACUAACCCUAACCCCCACAAGAUGGUGAGGAUCAGACUAACCCUAACCCCUAACCCUAACCCCACGAGAUGUGAGGAUCAGACUAACCCUAACCCCUAACCCUAACCCCCACGAGAUGGUGAGGAUCAGACUAACCCUAACCCCUAGCCCUAACCCCACGAGAUGGUGAGGAUCAGGACUAAACCUAACCCCUAACCCUAACCCCACGAGAUGGUGAGGAUCAGACUAACCCCUAACCCUAACCCCACGAGAUGGUGAGGAUCAGACUAACCCUAACCCUAACCCCAUGAGAUGGUGAGGAUCAGACUAACCCCUAACCCUAACCCCACGAGAUGGUGAGGAUCAUACUAACCCUAACCCCUAACCCUAACCCCACGAGAUGGUGAGGAUCAUACUAACCCUAACCCCUAACCCCUAACCCCACGAGAUGGUGAGGAUCAUACUAACCCUAACCCUAGCUGUAUGACCACAUCCCGGUUCAACCCUAACCCUAACCUCAACCACAACCCUAGCCUCAAACCAGAGAAGAGCAGCUGAAUCCAGGUGGAUAGCCAAACUUAAGACCUUGGCUCCACUUGGUUUGAAUGGUAAAGAGUAGUAUACAGCCUUGACGGUGGGAGUCAGUGAGGGCCCAAUCAGGAGAGCCGGAGAGGCCACCACCACCAGGAGGAAGUUCAAUAAAAAACCAUGGAAUUACUAGCCCUGUCUGGAUUUGUGUUUCAUAUUUAAUGUUCUUAUAUUAAGCACUUAUUUUAGCAGCACUUAAUCCCUUAAUGCCUUGGUGUGAUUUUUUUAUUAUGUUCUAUAUUAUUUACUUAUUCAAUUAUUUAUCUAUUCAUUUAUUGAUCCAGCUUGCAUGUUUUAUUAUUUUAAAAAUGAACUUGUUCACCCUCAGCACUUCAUCAACCCUCAUCUUCCUCCUAUUGUUGAACCGUCGUGGGUGACCCCUCUGAGCUCCCGGCCUUCAUGUUCUCUCACCCUCUCCAGACCGGACUGACGUACAAUAUAGAAACAGAGCAGGAAGUUGCAAUAGGCCCGUGCAACCCAAGGUUUGAUACCAGCACAAACAGAAACCCUCUUAAACCUAAACCUAAACCUAUACUCAAACCUAAACCCAACCCUCAACCCUAAACCCAACCCUAGCCUCAACCCUAAACCUAACCCUAGCCUCAACCCUAAACCCAACCCUAGCCUCAACCCUAAACCCAACCCUAGCCUCAACCCUAAACCCAACCCUAGCCUCAACCCUAAACCUAACCCUAGCCUCAACCCUAAACCUAACCCUAGCCUCAAUCCUAAACCUAACCCUAGCCUCAACCCUAAACCUAACCCUAGCCUCAACCCUAAACCUAACCCUAGCCUCAAUCCUAAACCUAACCCUAGCCUCAACCCUAAACCUAACCCUAGCCUCAACCCUAAACCUAACCCUAGCCUCAAUCCUAAACCCAACCCUAGCCUCAACCCUAAACCUAACCCUAGCCUCAACCCUAGCCUCAACCCUAGCCUCAACCCUAAUCUUAACCCUCAACCCUAACCCUAACCCUAGCCGCAACUAAGGCUCAUUUUAGCCCAAAUCCUAACCUUAAUCUUGAGGGGGAAGAUAGCCCACCCCAUCAACCCUUUAUUAGUUGUGACCCUAACCUUGACCCUAAUCAUAACUACUUAGGGGAACAAGGCUUAAUCAAUCAACCCUCGGUUAGAUCUGAGGCUAACCUUAACCCUAACCUUAACCAAUCAGUGGAACAUGACUUACUCCUUCCAGUUGCCUCAGGCCUUUAUAUUAAUUCUGUCACUGUUUCUAACUCUAAUCCUAACCUUAACCACACUGGACAAAAUGGUUCACUUCAGCAACCCUUGGUUGACUCUAACCCUAACCUUAACCCUAACCUUAACCAAUCAGGGGAACAUGGCUUACUCCAGCACCAAUCAGGUUGCUCUGGUCUUAAGCUUGACUCUACCAAUGACCCUUACAUGGGCAAUAACCCUAAACUCAACCACACAAGAGAACAAAGCUCUCCACUGCAACCCUUGGUUAGCUCUAAUCUUGAUACUAAUCUAAACCAGUCAGGGCAACAUGGCUCACUCCAGUACCCCCCCAGUUGGUUCCAGCCUUGGUAUUGACUCUGGCCUAGAAUCUAACCUCAACCACGCAGGUGGAGACAGCUCACUUCAGAACCUUCAGCACUCUUAACAACGAACCUAGCAGGUUACAGACUGAUGUUAUGAUUUUUAAUGUCCAUUUUGAGCUGGGAACCUUGGAUGACCCCCCACCCCUCUCAACACCAUGCAAUUCUCCAGUGACUUCAGGUGUAGGAAUAAGUGGGGCAGUUACUAGUAAUGUUGCGGUGAUUAUGUCUGAUUACAUUACUCUUUCUUUCCCCCUGUAUAGAUGGGGUGUUGCCACCUGGGGGGAGCAUCCAAACACCCACUCCCAUGCAUCCCACACCCACACACACACCAACUUCCAGUGGUGGCCCUCACUGAUAACGAAAUUACGAAGGGUCAUUCUGAUAAAAAGCACCAAAAAAAGCAAGUGAGUCCUCAGAUUUCUCCAACAGGAGAGUUUCCACCAGUUCCACUACUGAUACGGAAACUUCCAGUACUGCUCCCUUCCAGAGACCUACACCACAUGCCAAUUCAACUCAUAAAAUAAGGGAUUGUUUCAGAUUGCGGGAGUGAAUCAUGUAAUGUGGCAGAGUAUAUUGAUUCCUUUCUCAAUCCCUUAUCUCAGAAGCACCCCAGUUAUGUUGUCACGUUCGUUGAAGGACGGGUCAGACCAAGGCGCAGCGUGAUAUACGUACAUGUUUAUUAAAGUAAUAAACAACACGACAAAAACAAAGGAAACGAAACGUGAAGUCCAAGGUAGCACACACACCAUACCUUACAAGGAACAAGAUCCCACAACUAGACAGUGCCAAUAGGCUGCUUAAGUAUGGUACCCCAAUCAGAGACAACGAGCGACAGCUGCCUCUGAUUGGGAACCACACCGGCCAACAUAGAACUAGACAUACUAGAUCCUAAACAUAGACAAAGCACAACAAGGAAUAUACAAACCCUGACUCAACAUAUAAGCGUCCCCUGAGUCAGGGCGUGACAGUACCCCCCCCCCCCCAAAGGUGCGGACUCCGACCGCACAACAUAAACAUAACAGGGUAGGGGCCGGGCGGGCAUUCCGCCUCGGAGGCGGAUCCGGCUCAGGGCGUGACGACCUCUCACUCUUCCGCCUCCCUGUUGCGCCCCUGGUCUGGUCUAGACCUCGGCGCGUUGCUUCCCCUCUCCUUCCUCCCACGAUACGCCAGGCCCUGUCUGGACCCUGAACCUGGAGAGGGGCUGACGUCAUGGUCUGGACUGGAGCCGCUGACCGAAGCUGGAUCAGGCACCGGUGGAGCGGACUGCUCUGGCUCCGGAGUGGAGCCGCUGACCGGAGCUGGACUAGGCCCUGGUGGAGCGGACUGCUCUGGCUCCGGAGUGGCGCAGCUGACCGGAGCUGGAUCAGGCACCGGUGGAGCAGACUGCUCUGGCUCCGGAGUGGAGCAGCUGACCGGAGCUGGAUCAGGCAACGGUGGAGCGGACUGCUCUGGCUCUGGAGUGGAACAGCUGACCGGCACUGGAUCAGGCACCGGUGGAGCGGACUGCUCUGGCUUCGGAGUGGAGCAGCUGACCGGUGCUGGACCAGGCACGGGCCGUGCCGGACUGGACAAACGCACCACUGGUCUGGUGCGAGGAGCAGGCACGGGCCGGACCGGACUAGGAACACGCACCACUGGCUUGGUGCGGGGAGCAGUAACGGGCCGGGCCGGACUGGCGACACGCACCACUGGCUUGGUGCGAGGAGCAGGAACAGGCCGGGCCGGGCUGGCGACGCGCACCACAGGCUUGGUGCGAGGAGCAGGACUGGGUGCCUUUAUUAACCCCCGCUCCUUCUACUGCCUAACCAGCUCCUCUCGCCGUGCCUCUACUCUUUCCUUCUCCCUUUUAGCCUCCUGUAGCGCCUCCCUCUGACCGAAUAACUCCUGCUCCCUCUGAACCAAUAGCCCCCAUAACAUGGUGGCCUCCUCUCCUAACCUGCAGAUCCGCCCUUUAACGGCCUCCUGCUGCCUCGUCGUCCACACAGUGUGCCCCCCCCCAACAUUUUCUUGGGGUUGCCUCUCGGGUCUCCGUUUCACCUCUCCUGCCUGGGCUUCCUCCUUCGCCCAGGGUCCGCUAUCGGCUAAUCUCACCUCCUUCUCCCUCAUCCCUUUCAGGGCCUCCAUAUGCUUGGCCAGAUCCUCUCUUAUCUCCUCCCAAGUCCAUGAUCUCUGCUCCACUACCUGUGUCCAGGGUGUCUGCUGCUCCUGGGCAUGCUGCUUGGUCCGUGUUUGGUGGGAUCUUCUGUCACGUUCCUUGAAGGACGGGUCAGACCAAGGCGCAGCGUGAUAUACGUACAUGUUUAUUAAAGUAAUAAACAACACGACAAAAACAAAGGAAACGAAACGUGAAGUCCAAGGUAGCACACACAACAUACCUUACAAGGAACAAGAUCCCACAACUAGACAGUGCCAAUAGGCUGCUUAAGUAUGGUCCCCAAUCAGAGACAACGAGCGACAGCUGCCUCUGAUUGGGAACCACACCGGCCAACAUAGAACUAGACAUACUAGAUCCUAAACAUAGACAAAGCACAACAAGGAAUAUACACACCCUGACUCAACAAAUAAGCGUCCCCUGAGUCAGGGCGUGACAUAUGUAAAGGAUACCUAUGCAUUUGUUAAUAAGCUUAGAGAAAUGGAGUUAACUUCUGGAGCAAUGUUAUUCUCGAUUGAUGUAGACUCACUAUACACUAAUACUGACACUCAAUUAGGACUUAGGGCAGGGAUACAAAUAGACCAGAUGAGGCUAUCCUUUCUCUCUUAGAACUGGGAAUAACACGGAAUGACUUUGAAUUUGAUUCUAAACACUGCUUACAAAUCUCAGGUACUGCAACAGGGAAGAAGUUUGCUCCUGCGUAUGCCAACAUGUACAUGACUGAUUGGGAGCAGACGGUCUUCCCCAAGUGCAAAAAACUUCCAUUCAUAUACAUGCGGUACUUGGAUGAUAUCUUUGGGGUUUGGUGCCACUCGGUGGGGGAGUUUGUAAACUUUAUAGAUAUUUUGAAUGGACAUCACCCCUCGAUUACAGUUAAGUACAACUUACAAUUUCUUGAUACCAAAGUUUUAUGAUGCCAGGCCAUAAUGAUAGAAACCUCUUGGGAAUUAGAGUAUAUUUCAAACCGACCGACACACACAUGCAUUGCUACAUGAGACUAGUUAUCAUCCUAAACAACUUAUAGGGGUCUUAUUAAGUCUGUUUGUUUUUUAAAUGAAGAUUACGAGGCAGCUACACAGAUACUGGUUUCUUUGUGAUAAUUUUUUUUGGAUUUGCAUGAUAACGGAAUAUAGUUUUUCCUCUUUUGGCUAUUUUGAUUUCUACCCCCUCCUCUUAAUGCACUUGUUCCAACAAUUAUAACUUAUUUAUUUAUAUUUGCCAACAUCAGGACUUAUAACCUUUUGGCAAAAUAACCUUGAGGCAAAAAUAUAUAUAUAUAUAUAUAUAUUAUAUUAUAUUAUUUAUGAUUUUGAGUAUCUAAUUGUUUUGAGGAUUGGUUGGUGUCAUCUCCUCCCAACUAAAAGACAAUCUUGUAACAAAAUGUCAUACAUGUCAGUGCCUUGUACCUGGGCAUGACAGCCCAGUGGUUAGAGUAUGACGAUAGUGACUGGUAAAUUGCUGGUUCGAUUCUUCAAGGGGAGGCAAAACUGUUUUUUGGGGUGUUCCAUUGAGAAAGGCGUUUGUUGAUGGAGUUUAUGCCGUCUAGUGACCAGUAACAGACAUUACAGGGAACUACCCUUUAUUUUGGUUGGAAGUUUGGAGCUUUCUGGGAUCACUUCCUCUAUUUUUACAAUGUAUUAAAAUGGUACCUUGGUUUUAAAUAGAGGUUCAUAAAAUGAGUGGGGUAAUUGUCUAUGUACUUCUUGUGGGUAACAGUUUUUGUCCCCUUACCUAACCCUAAUCUCAACCCUAACCCUAGCCUCAACUCUAACCCUAGUUGAUUAUGGACCCAAUACCUUCCAUUUCUUAUGACUUACUAAAGCCUAUUUGGAGGGGAUGGGAGCGUGUGUAUAUUUGUAUUGCCUUGCAGGUUUUGCCAUGCGUGUUCUUCUCAGACAUGAGGGGUUUAUAUGGCAUUUAUAUCAUUAUUUGCGCUUUUGUAACAUUGAAAAGAUUCUCUCUACUGUGUUCGAUUUCUUGGGGUUUCUCGAUUGGUCCUGAUUAUUAGAGAUGUUGAAGAUGGGUUGGUCUAGGACCUAUGUGCCCGUGCGCCCUGCUUGCCCCUCGUGGGUAACAGAACUUAGUCCCCUAGCCUGAACCCUAACCCCCCCUCUCUCAAUCUGAUCUACCCCAAAUCCCUCGCUCUCUCCCCCGACCCCCUCUCUCAAAUUGAUCUACCCCAAUCCCUCUCUCUCUCUCUCUCUCUCUCUCUCUCUCUCUCUCUCUCUCUCUCUCUCUCUCUCUCUCUCUCUCCACUAGUCCCCUCUGAGUCUCCUACAGAUGUAUACGCCAGGCCUGUCUCGUCCCACGAAGCUUUGGUCUGGUGGCUACCAGUCAUGGACACUGGUACCGGCCUUCAGCAGUACAUAGAUGGAUACCAGGUCUGUAGCUCUGUAAAUCUCCUGGAUAUCUAAUGAUGUCCAUGAUUUAUGAGGAAGGCCAGAUAUUCCUGGUCAGAUUACGAAUGAUGGUCUGGUUAAGUGAUCAGGAAAAACACAUCCCACUGGGCACAGACGUCAGUUCAGCAUCUAGUUUUGACUUACAUUUGGUUGAGUUAUCAACUAACGUGAAUUCAACAAAAUUAUAAUGUCAUUGGAUUUAUGUUAAAAGUUGGGUGAAAAAAACUAUGAAAUUCCCUUGAUGAUUCUUUGCAAAUCCAAUCUGGUUUUUUUUUGCGUGAAAUGACGUGGAAACAACGUUGAUUCAACCGGUUUUUGCCCAGUUUGAUGGCCCUUCUCAUGAGACUAUAGAAAAUAAAAUACCUUGUGUUCAACUGUAGCUUCCUUGCCAGUCUGACCUGAAAGAAGCAUAUGUCUUUGUGUGAGGAACUGGUGAAUAUUUUGAUUGGUUCACCAGUUUUGAUUCAGAUUGAUUGACACCUGCUCUGACCAAUCCCGGCUCUCUGACCAGGUGAAGUACUGGAGGAAGUAUGACGAUACAGAGCCAGGGGCCAAUCGUAUCUUUGUGUCCGCCUCCAUGAACCAGACCAGGCUGGAGAACAUGCUGCCAGACUCCCACUACCUCAUCGAGGUCAGAGCCUACAACGGAGCCGGUGUCGGCCCGCCCAGCGAACACUGCGAGAUGUUCACCAAGAGAGCACGUAAGACCAGAUGCCAAAACCACACUGUACUUCCAUACACAGGUCUAUUUUAGGUGAUCCCAUUGAGAUUAAUAUUCUAUUCUAUUCUAUUCUAUUCUUUGCAGCUCCAAGUGUGGCUCCCCAAAUGUGGCGUUAUAUCAGCUACUCUGGCAAGUGGCUGUACGUGUGGUGGCACCACAUCCCCUACGACUGGUUUGGCAAUGAGUCCUUCCCACUAUAUUAUAAGGUAUGUAAAGGCAUUUUACUUUGUUUCAUUUGAAUCUUGCAGCAACUGGUGUGAUCCAGUUUGAGCCUGUGGAAAUAAAUGUCCUCAGAAGACAAGAAAGGAUGCCUCCUAGCGAAUCGUCCUCCCUCGCAGAGAAGGGGGGAAGGAGGAAACAGGCCCGAAAAUCCUCAUCAUAACGUAAGGCACUGACGCCCUCUCCUCAUCCUCCCUCGAUCCCCCUCCUACCUCUACGCCUCCUCUCCCUCCUCUCUCUCUCUUCUCUUCUCUCCUCUCCUCUCCUCUUCUAUUCUCUACUCUACAGGUGAUGUUCAGGAAGACUGGCUACAUCACAGGGCCGAUCUACAUGACGGGCUGGCACUUCAUUGACUUCCCCAUGCCCCAGGUAGGGGACUACGAGCUGGAGGUCAGAGGUCGCUAUGAGGGAGGAGACGGCCCCAUCAGGAAGAUCAGGCUUCAGGGUAAGUAAGGGAUAGAUGGGUUUAAUGUAGCCUGGGUAGUAUCUGGUUGGUGAAUUGAAGGACUGUGUCAAUUUGUGGGUGAAUCUCAAAAGUAUUUUCCUCGAUUCCUCAAUUAUUUGAUUCCUCUCUCCUCACCUUCUUCUCAAAACAUCAGUGGGAAGGGAGGAGAGCAUCGGAGGAGAAGUGUGUUUUGAGUGUGUUUGUUGUCCGGACAGUGUCUUACCCAGCAUGCCUCUUACUGUGUCCCCUCCCCUCUUCCAGGUAAGGCGUCUUUCCUGAGACCCACUCUCAGUCUGGCCGCCAUGCUACUGCUGGCCCUGUGCAUCGUGGGAUUGGGGAUAUAGAGACGCAGGACGUGUCUGGGUGGACUGUGGGAGAUUUGACAGACACAACUCUCACAUGGACUUCCUAUAUCUUGUUAUGGACUUCCAAUCUUUCCUCAACCUCUUACUGUCUGUAUGUCUUCCCACAACAAAACAGAACAGCUUGCCACCAUACAGACAUGACCUGCCUAGCUACAGAAUUACCUACAUCUACAAGAGUUACUGUACUGUAAGACAUCCACUAAAUCCUUUCUGAUUUACAGUACCAGUCAAAAACUUGGACACACCUACUCAUUCAAGGGUUCUUCUUUAUU